GACGGCUGGUUUUUACGGGGAUAUCCUGAGAGAAGAUGGGGAAGGGCUGCAAGGUUGUGGUUUGUGGAUUGUUGUCUGUUGGGAAAACAGCAAUUUUGGAGCAGCUCCUUUACGGGAAUCAUACUAUUGGUCUCGGAGCAGGCAGCUGUCUCUCGUGCUGAAUUGCUAGGAAGCGCCCAUCAGCCACUUAAUAAGAACUUGAAAACCAUCAUCACUCCCUCCGGUUGUUGUUCAGGGGGUAAAAAUGGUUGAAGCAGAUCGCCCGGGAAAACUUUUUAUUGGUGGGCUCAAUACUGAAACAAAUGAGAAAGCCCUUGAAGCCGUAUUUGGCAAAUAUGGACGAAUAGUGGAAGUUCUGUUGAUGAAAGACCGUGAAACCAACAAAUCGAGAGGAUUUGCUUUUGUCACCUUUGAAAGCCCAGCAGAUGCUAAGGAUGCCGCCAGAGACAUGAAUGGGAAGUCCUUAGAUGGGAAAGCCAUCAAGGUAGAACAAGCUACCAAACCAUCAUUUGAAAGUGGGAGACGGGGACCACCUCCACCUCCAAGAAGCAGAGGCCCUCCAAGAGGCCUUAGAGGUGGAAGAGGAGGUAGUGGAGGAACAAGGGGGCCACCCUCACGCGGAGGGUACAUGGAUGAUGGUGGCUAUUCCAUGAGUUUUAGUAUGAGUUCUUCCAGAGGGCCACUUCCAGUGAAAAGAGGACCACCACCACGAAGUGGGGGACCACCUCCUAAAAGGUCUGCCCCCUCAGGACCAGUUCGAAGCAGUAGUGGAAUGGGAGGAAGAGCUCCUGUAUCCCGUGGAAGAGACAGUUAUGGAGGCCCACCUCGUAGGGAACCCCUACCUUCUCGAAGAGAUGUUUAUUUGUCCCCAAGAGAUGAUGGAUAUUCUACUAAAGAUAGCUACUCGAGCAGAGAUUACCCAAGUUCACGGGAUACCAGAGAUUAUGCACCACCCCCGAGAGAUUACACCUACCGUGAUUAUGGGCAUUCCAGUUCACGUGAUGACUAUCCAUCAAGAGGGUAUAGUGAUCGAGAUGGCUAUGGUCGGGAUCGAGACUAUUCAGAUCAUCCCAGUGGAGGCUCCUACAGAGAUUCCUAUGAGAGUUAUGGUAAUUCACGUAGUGCUCCACCUACGCGAGGGCCACCACCAUCUUAUGGUGGAAGCAGUCGCUAUGAUGAUUACAGCAGCUCACGGGAUGGAUAUGGUGGAAGCCGAGACAGUUACUCAAGCAGCCGAAGUGAUCUCUACUCAAGUGGUCGUGAUCGGGUUGGCAGACAAGACAGAGGGCUACCGCCUUCUAUGGAAAGGGGGUACCCUCCUCCACGCGAUUCCUACAGCAGUUCAAGCCGUGGAGCACCAAGAGGUGGUGGUCGUGGAGGAAGUCGAUCUGAUAGAUGGGGAUGCAGAAGCAGAUAUUAAAAACAAAAACAAAACUGUACCAAAAUCCCCAGUUCAAAGAAACAAACAAGUGGAACCUAUCAUAACUACCCAAGGACUACUCAAAGAAAGUGUUACUUUUUAAAAAAAUUUCCUAUUAAGUUCCUUCCCCCACCCCCCGUAACUUUUAUGUUCUUGUGAGGAAAAAUAGUGAAAAAAAAUGUUUGAUCUUAUUUGAUUUUUCUUAUGACAUUGCUUGAAACAAGCAAAUGUUUAAUUUGUUACGACUUGACUUGUGUACUUACUAGUGUUGUGAUUUUCAAGUGUCCCUAAGUGACCACUUACUAUCCAGUUUCCCCCAGCAAAUAAUGCAAGCAGUUCUAAGAUCUUCCACAAACAUCUGGUCAUAUAAAAAUGGAGAGAUGAGUGAAUACUUCCUAAUAAAACAAGCUAGCUCUAUUUUCAAGGGUGGUUGGGGUAUGCUCGUCAGGAUUUUAGUGUCUAUAAGCUGAAAUCCCCCAUGUUCUCAGUCUGAAAAAUCUGAGAUCAAGUGCUUUAUGUAAGGAAAGUGCUGUAUGCCCUGUAAACCCUGCACCUCAGAGCAAAAGAAUGCUGGCCAUAUUUUACCUUUCUGACAUUUCCUUGGGAAUCCACAGAACCUUUCCUUCUCCCUUCUCCCCAAUAAGAUCAUUUAAGUGUGUGUUAAGCAACUACAGAAUACUAAAUAAAAA